UAAAUAAAAGUGAACUUUGACAUAUUGAAUGCACAUGUUUACCUGCCUCCGAGUUUGGCAGUUCAUCGUCAGAAAACCGAGCACAGUCAACAGACAUUGUAGAUUUGUGGUCAGGAUGAGCAGCACAGAUCGAACAGGACCAUCAGAUACCAAGAAGAGCUUUGAAGAUAAAUACUUUGACUGUGCUGCAAAUGGAAACGUGGAAGAACUGAAGUUCCUCUUACAAGCCACAUUCAAUUCAGAUCAUCGUAAUGAUAAAGGAUGGACGGCACUUAUGCUUGCUGCUCGUAAUGGACAAGUGCAUGUGAUUGAAGCACUCCUUCAAAAAGGGUGUGAUAUAAAUUUGGUAAACAAGACUGGACAGACAGCUGAAGAUAUAGCUGUUUUCUGGGACCAAAAGAAGGCUGCCAAUAUGCUGACCGAUUUUAUUAAAAAGGAAAAUCCAGAUAAACAGCUACGGAACUACUUCUCUCUGAACAACUUAGAUCGUAUGGCAGAGAACCGGAAGGAUAAAGACUGGCUCCAAAGCAGACUGAAGAAAGAAACCACUAGAUUUAUUAUAUUUUCAGACUUGAAGCCUUUAGUUCGUCUCAGUGGUGAUGCUACACAGAGAUACAAGUACACACUUGUCCGUCUGGCCUACAGUGACAUAGAAUUUCUAUUAAAAACCAAUCCACUGCUCGUUUUCCUAGGAGUAGAAAGUGAUGAGUCUACUAAAGAUAACAGUACUGUACUAGAUGAGGCUGGACAAGCAUUAUUUGCCCUUGAUGUAACUGACACAGAUGAGUCUAAAUUCAAGACUCUUGUAGGGGAGGCAGAAUUCACCACCAGCUACCAUGUGUUAAUGCAGUUGGAGCCAAGCGACGCUGGGAUUUUUGCAGAGGCUCGCUCUUUGUUAGACUGGUUGGACCGCUACAAGUUCUGUGCCACCUGUGGUAGUGCCACAACAGUGGCAGAGGGUGGCUAUAAACGCAUCUGUGACAACAAAUCAUGCCGCACAAACAAGGGCAUUCACAACACGUGCUACCCUCGUACAGACCCAUCUGUGAUUAUGCUAGUUGUCUCCCCUGAUGGAAAGAGAUGUCUGCUGGGAAGGAAGAAACAGUUUCCUGCCAAGAUGUACUCCUGCCUUGCUGGUUUCAUGGAACCAGGUGAGGCUCUAGAGGACACCUGUCGACGAGAGGUUUAUGAGGAGAGUGGAGUGCGGGUUGGCCGUGUCGACUACCACUCAUCACAACCAUGGCCCUUCCCUUGCUCCCUCAUGCUGGGCUGUUUAGCACAUGCUACCUCUGAGAACAUCAAGGUUGGCGAGGAUGAGAUGGAAGAUGUUCAAUGGUUUCGUCGGUCUGAGUUGGUCCAGAUGCUGACAAAGCAGCACCCGCAGGGACUGUAUAUACCCCCAGAACAGGCCAUUGCACACCAGAUCAUCAAAGCCUGGGUCAGAAUGACUGCCAACCUCUGAUGUAUUACAUUAACAAUCACUAAAGGUGCUUUAACUGAUAUAAACAGAACCAAUUUACCUAAUGAAGUACAUGCAUUCAUUUUUGUAAGCUCACUUAGGAUUUAUACAGUAGAUUGGAGGAUAAACAGAUCACUUUGAUCGGGGAACCAAAGAGUCCCUUUGAUUUGAGGAUGUAAAGUCACUACAAUGUAAUGGUCACAAACAUGCUCAAGUGGACUGUUUUCCCUUGUUAUAUAUAUAUUGGAAUAAUUUUAAAUACCUGAACUGUUAAUGAGAUAAUUGUUGAUCACACAAAAUGAAGACUUUACCUAUAUUUUGGAAACAAUUCUGUUUGAGUUUUGUUUAUAUUAUACUGUGAUACAAAAACUGCUAUUAUAAAAUUGAGUGGUAUAUAUUUUGUCCCCUUCAAAUAAAGGAAGGCAUAUUAGUA